CCACCGGCUAAAUCAGCGAUCACGUGACCCCCCAAUCAGCUGGCUCGUCACUUCUGGUCCAAGAUGGCUGCGCUGAGAAGGAGUCUGCUUCAGACAGAUUCCAUGAGCUGGACAGAUGACCUGCCACUCUGCCACCUCUCUGGGAUUGGAUCAGCUACAAACCGGACCUAUAACCCUGAGGGGCUCGGAAAGGAAGAACAUCCCUGUGAAGACAACUGGCUGAAGUUCAGAGGAGAGAAUAAUAUUUAUCUUUAUGGAGUGUUCAAUGGGUACAAUGGCACCCGAGCUACCAAUUUUGUGGGCCAGCGAUUAUCUGCAGAACUCCUUUUAGGACAGUUGCACUCAGAUGUUACUGAUGCAGAAGUUCACAGGGUGUUGUUACAGGCAUUUGAUGUUGUGGAAAGAAGUUUCCUGGAAUCCAUUGAUGAUUCCUUAGCAGAGAAAGCAAGCCUCCAGUCACAGCUCCCAGAGGGUGCAGUGCUUCAGCAACUUCCCAGCCAAUACCAGAAGAUUGUAGAGCGACUAAACACUUUAGAGAAGGAAAUCUAUGGAGGAGCAAUGGUUAUUGUGGUGAUCAUUGUAAACAACAAACUGUACGUCGCUAAUGUUGGUACCAACAGGGCACUGCUUUGCAAAUCCACAGUUGAUGGACUACAGGUCACUCAGCUUAAUGCAGAUCACACCACAGAAAAUGAAGAUGAGCUUUUCAGACUAUCUCAGCUUGGGUUGGACACAGCCAAGAUAAAACAGGCAGGUGUAAUUGGUGGCCAAGCAAGUACCCGCAGGAUUGGAGAUUAUAAAGUAAAAUAUAACUUCAAUGACAUGGAAUUGCUGAGUGCAGCCAAAUCUAAACCAAUCACAGCAGAGCCAGAAAUCCAUGGAUGCCAGCCUCUGGAUGGAGUUACAGGUUUUCUUGUGCUGAUGUCAGAAGGUCUUUACAAGGCUUUGGAAGCCGCACACGAGCCUGGACAAGCUAAUCAGGAAAUAGCAGCAAUGAUUGCCACAGAAUUUGCCAAGCAAGUUUCUCUUGAUGAUGUGGCACAGGCAGUAGUGGAGAGAGUGAAGAGGAUACAUCAUGAUACCUUUCGCAGUGGUGGUGAACGGACCAAGUUCUGCACCAAACAUGAGGACAUGACCCUUCUUGUUCGUAAUUUGGGCUAUCCAUUAGAAGAAGCUAACCAGCCCACUCUGACACCAACUCAGGGUGGUCGAGUAUACCCUGUGUCUGUGCCCUAUUCUAGUGCACAAAACACUAGCAAAACCAGUGUUACUCUGUCGCUAGUAAUGCCAUCACAAGGGACCAUGGUGAACGGAACUCACAGCAGUUCAACACUGGAUGGAGCGACUCCAACUUUGCAAUCACCAAGUGCUACGCUUCAGUCCACCAACACACACACUCAGAGCAGCAGCUCCAGCUCUGAUGGUGGCCUCUUCCGCACUCGCCCAUCUGUCUCCCUUCAGCCAGAUGAAGAUGGUCGUGUGGAGCCUUAUGUUGAUUUCACAGAAUUCUAUCGACUCUGGAACAUGGAACAUGGGGAUCCUUCAACUCUUGUAACUGCACAGUGAAGCAUACAUCAAGUUUGGGUUAUUCCUCUCCUGAUCAGCCCUGACUUUGCAGCUUUAUACAUCUCAGACCUUAAGUAUAUCUAAACCCAAGAACAAUACUGCAAUAUAUUGCAACUAACUAGUCCUUAGAUGUGGUGGGUGCGUUGGUUAUCAUUUUCAACCUAUGUAGUGGAAAUAAAAAGCAGGAGGUGUUUGUGAUCCAAAUCAGGAUAGCAGGGUAAAAACAGUUCCUCCUUAGAAUACAGUACACUGAGUGACAUUGUCUCUCUAGGGGCUGGAAGUGUGUUGCAAACAGGGGAAAAUAGAGAGGGAAAAAAGUCUGAAAAAAGAAAACAAAUGUAGUCCCCUCCCUAUAGCUAAGGGCUGGUAAGCUGCAGAAUAUUUAAUUUUUGUUUUUAGCCUAAACACUAAAAACGUUUACUCUGCUAAUGCAGGGUAAAACAACAGGUGUGCAUUAACGCCUCCCUCCCCAGCAGGAUAUACUCCUUUACUUUGUCACCCAAUGCUCCAUGCAGAUGUUCGGAGUAAACAAAACACCCAUUACUUUAGGUAUGGUGAGGCAUGUGAAUCAACCCCCCCCCCCUUCCCCCCCCCCCCCGCCACACACACACACACACUUUUCAACUGUUGGCUCCGGUGCUUGAUAAUUGGCCCAGCAUUGUCACAUGGGGCAGAAGUUUUCCACCCUGUGUAAGCUCCACUUCCAGCAGUCGAAUGGAGUUAUAGGGGAAAGAAAGGAAAGGUGAGUAUGUGUUGCUGGACAUGGUGCACAGAUAAGAAAAAUCAUGUAAGCAGUAGGCUAUUUUUCAUCAGUUUGCUGAUUAGUGGUUGGCAAUAAUAUUAAUGGAGUGUUCCAGGUACACCUUCCAGCCCCAAUUGGUAGGUUAGAAACAAAUGAGAAACACAAUAACACCAACCUCCCUCACCUGGCGGCUUGGCCUAGGUAGAGUCUGAGCAAGUAUGGAGAGAGAGAGAGUAAUCCCAUCAAAUACUUUUACAUGCCAGGGCCAUGGACCUUUGCAGUUGGCCCUCCCUUGGACUAGCACUUAGAGCCAUACCGAGGCAGCCACACACUGAAUUACAGGAGACCAGGUGUUUCAUAAGUUUUAAGGUGCUUGAUGCAGUUUUUUAAUUAUGUAAACUAGAAUUUUUAAUUACAAAGAGCAAGAUUUCAUAAAUAACAUUGUUGUUAUUUGCAUGACAGUGCUUUAUUUUUUCUUAAAACCUUAAGUUAAAAUUUAAGAUCUUUUUCAAAUGUUAACCUAAACAUUAAAAUACUUUUUAAACAAGAAUAUCAUCACAAAAGAACAAAGGGAAGUAGGUGCAGACUAAAGCAGUCCUAUGAAAAAUACAGAAGUUUUGGCAUACCUAUAGAGAUUAGAGGGAGUGACUUCCAAUCUAUCCAAAAGAAGCUGGAUUGAACCAGCAUCGUACGGCUUUAGCACCCUUAGAAAACCCCAGUUAACCAUUUUGUUGGGAAUGUAAUCAAUUAGACAGUUUAGAAUUUUUUUUCCAAUUGGUAUUAUUCUCCUGCAGAAAAGCCAAAGUUGCCAUCCAUAGCUCUGUGCUCCUGUUUUUCCCCCUUUUAAUGGAAGUACACUACAAGCCUAAGAAGUUAAACAAGCAAAUUAGUGUUUUUGUCUGAGGUUGGUUGAAAUGUGACUGCAUCACCAACUGCCCUCUUUAGUGUAUGGACAUUUAUUAUCUUACAGAAGUUAAACUCCUGUUGCCAGUAAUGCCUGCUAUUUGGCUGUAAAACACCAAUACUAUUUACAAAAUGUGAUCUGUCCAUAUAUACAAAAAGCAUAAAAGCAACCAGCACAGCGCCAAGUACAUAGCAUCUUAUCCUAUUGGCCGCAGCAUUGAUCGAACUAAGGUUUUCCAGCAAGCCUGUUCAUAAGCAGUCAAUCCGUAAAUUGUCUGCUCUCGAACAGGACCGACCGUAGAUGCAUCUAAUUUUGGCCAGUCCCUGCUAAACUGUCUGAAAUUCAAUCCAUCUAAGGCUAGCUUUAAUAAUGGUGUUUGACCUCAUGUCUCAUAAGAGAGGCUGUUUACUGGUCCCAGCUACAGAAGGCACAUGCUGAGUGGCAACACUGCCUGGUGCCAAUUGGAAUACUCUUUGCCCUAGUUGUUAUAUUAAUGUUUGUCUGACAGUCAUCACAGAAGCCAGGGCUAGUACUCACUUUCCUACUUUUUCAUCACGGUGAAUGCAUUUCUAAAAAGAUGACACAGUAGGGGAUUGGCGUUGGCAACUCCCCCCAGAAGUUUAUCACUUGCACCACUAAUGAUUAACACAGCAAGGUGACUUGGGUGAGGGGCGGGAGCAUUAAGAGGGCUGACAAGGAAUACUGCUGCAGUUACUGGAAGGGCCAGUACCAUCCUUGAGCCGAGGACUGCCUCAACUGCCCAUAUUAGAGUAUUCUGAUGUAAUGUGAUCUUGAGCACCAACUGAACCAAAAUGCAUCGGAAGGUCUCUGUGGUACAAUGUUCCACACCAGUGAAUGUGUUCGUGUCAAGCUGUUUUCCAAGUCAAGGACUGUUCCAAGUAAAACCAUAAUAUUUCACCAGUAAGUGUUUCCAUUUGAAUGAUUAAUGUGUUUUGAGAGACGAAAGGAUGCAUUGAUUCAGCUGCAGCAGAAGUAUAUUGAUUGCUUAGGGCAUCAUAAUCAUGUUUCCUUUGUUUAUGAAUCAGAUCAUCUACUAGGUUAAUAUUUUCGACUUUCACACCACAAAUACUAUGAUUUUCCUUUUCGAUGACAAAUGGGAACAGUUAUUACUGUAAUAAGUAAUUAUAUAAUAUUUGGGCAAAUUGUUCCUUUAAAUCUAAUGCAUUCCAGUGAGAUCAGAUCAGAUCAUGGCUAUUUCUUUCUUGUCUUUUUUGGCAUGGAUAUUGAAAGACUUGAAGCCAAGAUAAGCAAAAUGAGAAAUACAGUAGAACGAAGGUAAAGUUAUUUCAAUACAGCACUAGAAUAAAGACUUUGGUUUGCACUCCUGGUUUACCAUCAGGAUAUUUCAGGCAAACACAUAUUUUUUUCACAUAACUGUGAAAUGUAUUGUGUCAACUAUAAUAUGCUUUACAACCAUAAAUAGACAUUUCUCACUAGAAUGUUGAUAUUAAAACAAUAUUUGUUGACUGUUAUUUGACCUGCUGUAGGUCUAGCAUUGUGAAUAAAAAUGUAUUUUCUAGUUGUAUAGGACACAGGCUCUUUAAUCAUUAUGACUGUGUUAUAUGCAACUACCUUUGAGUGUCUGAACACCCAAAGUAAAAAAAAAGGAAGGCUGCAGGGACAUCCCUCUAUAUAUUCCCUAUUACUCACAAGCUAGCCUCAGGCUUGCUACUGCCUUUAGGCAGUGGACCUCUUCUCCCUACUGAGAGAGGCUUCCUUUGUUUUUCUCUAUCUCUCCUUCUCUGGAUGAUGAUCUUUCAGGUUGACUUUUCUAUCAAUAGGCUGUAUCAUAGCCACUCUGGCUUCUCAUGCAGCUUUUGGACUUGUGGACUCCUUGGCAUAGCCUUCGAACUCUACCGUCCAUCAAUACUGAUUUAAAGGAUUCUUUUUAAACCUGUUAACGGUCCUAAGGCCCAAAGUUUGUAUUCAUCCUAUCCUGGAUGUAAAAUCCUCCAACAAAUACUUUAAAGAAAUUCCAGAAUGAAAUCGACAAGGUCGUUAUUGCCUCAAUGAGACAAGGGAAAUAUCUGACAUUCAUAGCCAUCCUAGAUGCCUUUCUGCACAAUCCUGUUUAUCUUAUCAACGUUUUCUACACUUUGCAGUGGAGGACAAUUUUCAGUUUGCCAAACUGCCUUUUGGCCUAUCCUCUGCUGCCAGAGUUUUCACAAAGGUCCUGCUCUUCUAAGAACUCGAAAAAUACAGGUCACAGGUUAUCUAAAGGACUCAUCUCCCUUCCAACUGUCUGCAUGCUCCAGGCUUUCAGUUGGGUGAUCAAUUUCCUAAAAAAAAAAAAAAAAUUCUAGCCUUCUCUUCCCUUGGAACACUAGGGUCUGGUCCUGGACACAUCACAAGCUAAGGAUUUAAUUCCACUGAAAAUGCUACUUCUGAGCUCACGCUUUGCAAUUGAGAUUAACGUAACAUCCUACAAUGAUAGUCUCCACGGUAGUAUAACAUGGUCAUUGGUGGAAGCCAAGCUCCCUAUAAGCAGCCUGAAGCUCAGAUCAAUAAGGAUGGCUUUGUAACACUGGAUCCCCCCUGCAAGAGGACCUAAUUAGGGUGCAAUCAGACAAUGCCACAACUGUGGCCUACAUAAACAAAACCACCUGGAAAGCGAAUUAUCGCAGUUGCCAGCGCCUGUAUCCGGGGGAAUGGACCCUUUACCCUGACAUUUUCAACCUGAUAUGUCAGAAAUGGGGGACCAAGGAUAUGGAUAUUCCAGAUUCAACAGCAAACUAACCUCUGUGUCCAGGACCAAGAACCCCCUAGCAAUGGCAAUGAAUGCCUUGGUGUCAGUUCAGGCUUAUCUAUGCCUUCCCUCCAGUGCAAAUUCUACCUUAUCUACUUUAGAAAAUGGAGCAAGAGAAUAAGCUGGUGAUUUUCAUUGCACCAAACUUGCCUAGAAGAACCCGGUACACAAAAAUACUCAGACUACUAGGAGAUGUCUCUGGCCUCUCCCCAACAGGCCAGACCUGCUUUUUUUCAGGGCUCUCUGAUCCAUCUAGCUUCUCAGUCACUAGCCUUAAAGGCAUGUCUGUUGAAGCCCAGGCUUUAAGAGACAAAGAGGUCUCUGAAUCGGUCAUUUUUACUUUGCUAAAAGCAAGAAAACCACUUCCAGAAAGAUCUAUUAUUGUGCCCGGAAGUCCUUAUUUCCUUCAAAUCCAAAGAUUAAUGUGUGACUUGCAUUCUGGCCUUUCUACAAUCAAAAUUUGAUAAGAACUUGGCCAUGAGCAUUUCAGGACGUCAGGUUUCAGCCUUGUUUAUUCUUCUUCAAAAACCUCUGCCUUCUCCCUUCCCUGCAGCACCAUGUGCUUUCCUGGAACCUAAACUUGGUUCUCUCUGCCCUACAAAAAUCACCCUUUAAACCAAUCAGGGAUACCCCCUUAGAUGGCUUCUCCUGAAAAGUGGCCUUUUUGGUUGCUAUCAUGACUGUCAGAUGUGUAUGAGUUAGCAGCUCUCUUGUAAGAAGUUGUUUCUCAUUCUGCCUACGCCCCAAGACCAACCUUUCUUCCUAAGGUGGUAUUCAUCUUUCACCUCAGUGAAGCCAUAGUCCUUUUAUCCUAAUUCCUAAACACCCAAAGGAAAUAGCUUUUUAUGGCCUAGAUGUAGUCAGAGCCAUCAGGGUUCACCUUAAAACAGCUUCUGUCAGGAAGACAAGCUCCCUAUUUGUCUUAAUAUUUGAAGACAGUCUGCUUUCAAGUCCACCAUUAAUCAGUGGAUUAUAGAACUGAUCAAGAGAGUUUACACUUUAAGGGGGAAAUCUCCUCCUGUGCUUUUACAUGCUCAUUCCACCAACUCCAACUCCAGUGGAAGUUUCCUAGGCAUUCUGUCACUAUUUUUUAGUUAAGAGGAAUUGGGACUUACCUGUAAAUUCCAUUUCAUAGAGUACAUUACAGGACACCCUCCAUUCUAUUCCUUAGUUAUUCUGAAUGGCCUUCUAUUCCUUGGCUACUCUGCAUUACUUGCUACAAAACUGAGGACUCUGAGUCGGGUAGGGUUUUAGAGGAGACACCUAGAGGGGCAUGUCUUUAAAAGCUUUGGUGGUGGUCAUGCAGCUGAAAGUUUGAGCCUAUAACCCAGGGUCUAUGAAUACCUAUGUCCUGUACUGUACUCCAAGAUAUGGAAUUUUCAGGCAAGUCAAAAUUCCUUUUUUAUGUCCAGCUCUGAAAGGUCUGGGCAUGGUGUAUACUGUGAGGUUUACCUGUAGGUACCUUUUUCACUUUGGAAAUAGAUUUGCGAAUUAGACCCAAGAAGACUACGUAAUCUGUAAAAAUGUGAGCCUUUAUAAGUGGAGAAAAACAACAUUUAAACUAGGAAUAUGUGUAUAUACCUGUACAAUAUAUAUUUUUUCUUUUUGUUUUGUUGACUACAUUGUGUCUUGUAAACUCAAAAAUAAACCUGAAUGCUAUUUUAUUAAA